CCGACGUCAAGGUUCUGGGGCUUUGCCAAGCUUUUGGUGCUUCGCUGGAAGAGAAAGCUCCCUCCAGUCUUCGAGGUGCUUGCUGAAGCUCUCAGAAGACGGGCCCCGCACAAACAUUAUUCCUUGUUCCCGGAUCCCGGCUAAGCGAAUUUGAGGUCGGUACUCCAUACUAGCAUUGGGCCAUUGGCAAAACUGCUUGACGACGGAACCACCGAUCGCGACAACGACGACGGCCUGCCCUCAAUUGAGACCGCAUAUCACCAUGAACUCCCUCCGUAUUGCUCGUGCCGCCCUCCGGGUGCGCCCCACUGCCGUCCGCGCCCCCCUCCAGCGCAGAGGUUAUGCUGAGGCCGUCGCCGACAAGAUCAAGCUCAGCCUUUCCCUCCCUCACCAGGCCAUCUACAAGUCCCAGGAUGUCGUCCAGGUCAACAUCCCCGCCGUCUCCGGUGAGAUGGGUGUCCUCGCCAACCACGUUCCCUCCAUCGAGCAGCUGAAGCCCGGCCUUGUCGAGGUCAUCGAGGAGAGCGGCAGCAACAAGCAGUACUUCCUUUCCGGUGGCUUCGCCGUUGUCCAGCCCGGCUCCAAGCUCAGCAUCAACGCCGUUGAGGGUUACGCCCUUGAGGACUUCAGCGCCGAGGCCGUCCGCGCUCAGAUCGCCGAGGCCCAGAAGAUUGUCAGCGGUGGUGGUAGCCAGCAGGACAUUGCUGAGGCCCAGGUUGAGCUCGAGGUCCUCGAGUCCCUCCAGGCUGUUCUCAAAUAGAUGUAUCAUCAUCCUUAAUCCUACCCUCAUUGUAGCAUACACCAAGAUUCCCUAUCUUAGUUAAGGAGAGAACGUCUGAACAUGCUGCUUUGAGUGUGCACAGAUAUUGC